UUUAACAACCAACCGUAAAGCCCUUCAGGGUUCCGAAGCUUUAUAAUACUCGGGGGACCUUCCGGAGACAUCUAGGAUAGCAACCAUCCCGCAGUCUGAGGGAAGACAGGAACAUUCCAAUUGGCUCGCGAGCUCCGGGGGGGGGAGCCGUAUAGUGCCGCGAGAAGUGUGCCGCGAGAGGUUUGUGCCGCAGCUUGGCGCAUGUCCAGUCCGAACCCGAAGUGGUUGUCCAUCCUUAGAUUUGGAUGCUCUGACGCAUUUUCCGGUCCAGACCCCGCCCUUCUUGCAAUCGGAAAUCCGGAGAAGAGCCGGAAGUCGGAAGAAGAACCGGUGGGGCAACCACGUGGGGGUCAGAGGAAACGUGGUGGGUGGUCAGUAGAGCGGAAGUCAUUGGUUUUGCACAGCCGUAAAGCGCAAUCUGUCGGACCAUCUUCCGGUUAGCGACAACGGCCGGCACGGAUGCCGGUGCCAUCCUUCCUGUAGACCACGGACUCGGACGGUCAGCGAUCCGCGCUUCGCCUCAGCUCUCUUACCUGUCGGUACCCCUUCACCAAGAUCAUGUUCAAGAAAUUUGACGAGAAAGAAAGUGUGUCCAACUGCAUCCAACUGAAAACUUCCGUUAUUAAGGGUAUUAAGAGCCAACUGACUGAGCAGUUUCCAGGUAUCGAGCCGUGGCUUAAUCAAAUCAUGCCUAAGAAAGAUCCCGUCAAAAUAGUGAGAUGCCAUGAACACAUGGAAAUCCUUACAGUCAACGGAGAAUUACUGUUUUUCAGGCAGAGAAAAGGACCUUUUUAUCCAACGCUAAGAUUACUUCACAAAUACCCGUUUAUCCUGCCACACCAGCAGGUCGACAAAGGAGCCAUCAAAUUUGUGCUCAGUGGUGCAAAUAUCAUGUGUCCGGGUUUAACAUCUCCUGGAGCGAAGCUCUACACUGCUGCAGUAGAUACCAUCGUGGCGGUCAUGGCAGAAGGGAAAGAGCAUGCCCUGUGUGUCGGAGUCAUGAAGAUGGCAGCAGCAGACAUUGAGAAGAUCAACAAGGGGAUCGGCAUUGAGAAUAUCCAUUAUCUAAAUGACGGGCUGUGGCACAUGAAGACAUAUAAGUGAGCCUUAGACGCAAUACACUUGAGCUAAAUAUAAAUAUUGUGUUGUAUCUGUGUGUGUGUCUGUAUGUGACAUCAUGAAGACAAUACCUCUGUGGUUGUGCUGAAUAAAUUCAAGAUGCCUUAAAAAAACAAAA